UAGUUAUUCGUUACUCUUCUCCCUCCAAAUAAACAGAGCCUCUCUACUCUCUCUCUCUCUCGAUUGCCAUGGCGGUAGCAGAAUUCUCAGCUUCACGCACAGAAACUCGGUUUCUAACCUCUCAAUUCUCUUUAUCAUCCUCACCAACACGUUUCUAUAACCACCGUCGUAUUGAGUUGCGGGCGCCUUCACGAGCCCGCAAUGCCAAAGUGCUCUGUUCUAUUGCACCCAGCCAAGUACAGGCACCGGUCACUUCACAGGUUAAUGAGGUCAAUAAAAACGACUGCUACGGGGUCUUCUGCCUCACUUACGAUCUCCGAGCCGAAGAGGAGACAAAAUCGUGGAAGAGCUUAAUUAAAGUAGCAGUUUCAGGUGCUGCUGGAAUGAUAUCUAAUCAUCUGCUUUUCAAUCUUGCAUCUGGUGAAGUUUUUGGGCCAGAUCAACCCAUUGCCUUGAAAUUAUUGGGGUCUGAAAGGUCAUUCCAAGCUCUAGAAGGAGUUGCCAUGGAACUAGAGGACUCCUUAUAUCCUCUUCUAAGGGAAGUAAGUAUCAGCAUUGAUCCUUACGAGGUGUUCCAGGAUGUAGAAUGGGCUCUUCUAAUUGGAGCAAAGCCUCGAGGUCCUGGAAUGGAACGAGCUGACUUAUUAGACAUAAAUGGGCAAAUAUUUGCUGAACAGGGAAAAGCACUCAAUGCUGUUGCAUCCCGUAAUGUUAAAGUGAUAGUCGUCGGCAACCCUUGCAAUACAAACGCUCUUAUUUGUUUGAAAAAUGCACCAAAUAUACCUGCAAGGAACUUCCAUGCUUUGACUAGGUUGGAUGAGAAUAGAGCCAAGUGUCAGCUUGCCCUUAAAGCAGGUGUGUUUUAUGACAAAGUGUCAAAUAUGACAAUUUGGGGAAAUCAUUCCACUACUCAGGUUCCAGAUUUUUUGAAUGCAAGAAUCAAUGGUAUUCCUGUGAAAGAAGUUAUGAAGGACACUGAUUGGUUAAAGAAAGAGUUCACUGAGAAGGUCCAGAAGCGAGGGGGUGUGCUGAUUAAAAAAUGGGGAAGAUCUUCAGCCGCAUCAACUGCUGUAUCAAUAGUUGAUGCCAUAAAGUCCCUCGUUACUCCAACGCCAAAGGGUGAUUGGUUUUCUUCAGGGGUUUAUACCAAUGGAAAUCCAUAUGGUAUUGCAGAGGAUAUUGUUUUCAGUAUGCCAUGCAGAUCAGAUGGAAAUGGUGAUUACGAGCUUGCAAAGGAUGUGAUCAUUGAUGACUUCCUCCGUGAGCGUAUAAAAAAGUCUGAAGCUGAGUUACUUGCUGAGAAGAGAUGUGUGGCUCAUCUUACAGGGGAGGGUAAUGCAUUCUGCGACCUUCCUGAGGACACAAUGCUUCCUGGAGAACAGUAAGACUGAUCCAAUGGUACUUCUCUCAGAAAUUUAAUAGAAGCUAUCAACAAGAGAAACAAAAUUUCAGAGCA